AUGGCGGACGAGGCGUCCACGGAGCUCUUCGGGCGCCCGGGCAACGCGGUCGAGGUGGACGGCGACGACAUCAGGAUGGUGCACGAGGGGUUCCAGAAGGUCGCCGAGCAUGGGCUACGUAACAUGACCGUGCACGCGGACGCUUGGGACAUCUUCAAGGCAGCGAAGCUCACGGAGUCGCUCAAAAGAGAGGUGUUCGAGACUGCGAUCGCCAACAGGCAGAACCUCAAGAUCCCCGAGACGGCCCUGAACCUGGAGCGCACCAUGGAGAGGUUGCAGGAACUGGAGCGGGCCGGGUACGACCUGCACGCGAUCUGCAUAUGGGCGCCCGAGCUGGAGACCCAGAUCCGCGGCAGGGCGCGCUCUGUCAAGGCCGGCAAGGUCUUCACCACCAAGCACUACUGGCCUGCAGUGCAGAGCUCAGUCGCGAUGGGCCGGCACUGGGACGCGAAGAUUCGAGAGGGGCACGAGUUGUACAAGUCCGUGGCCUUCUACGACAACGCCGUCCGCCCAUGCCACCCGGUGCAUCUGGCGCAGUUCGAGGUGCUCACCAAGCUGUCGCAGAAGGCUGCCUCGGUCCACGUGGAGAUGUGCAGGGCCACCCGCGACGCCCGCGAGAAGGCCGACGUUGCGGCCAGCGAGGCCCGGGCGAGGGGCGCGACGCGCCGCGGCGUGGCGCAGUUGUGGCUGACCGAGGCCGUCGCCGAGAAGCGGGACCGGAACGGAGCCGCGACGGAGCCUGUCAAGGAGCGGCGCCAGGCGGCCCCGACCACGGAGACCACGGACACCACCCCCGAGGACCUCAGCAGCCUCGUGCUGGCAGAGAGGAGCAACGGCCGGCUUCAGGGGCUCGUCGUGGGGCUGGCGAUCAGCGCCGCCGUGAAGUGGCUCGUGGCAUUCAUGGACGACUGCAGUGCUUUCCGUGACAGCGGAGAGGCGCACCUCCCCUGCGUGCAGGACGCCGCGGCGUUCACGGGCGAGCCGUCGGCCGUGUACGGCGACGAGCCGUACCGCCUCGUGAGGGAGGCGGCAGACGGCGCCCUGCAAGCCCUGACUGGUUCGGAGCAUUAUCACGAGCAGUACAGCAAGAUGUCGCAGCGCAUCGUCGGAUUCGGGAACUACCUGCCCGACGCUGACACGGUGUUGCCCGACGGUUCGGUGAACCUCACGAAGGACAUGCGCCCCGGCGACGUGAUCUCCAGCGGGAUCGACUACAUGGUCGGUGGAGUCGGAUCGAUACUGGGUUCUGCCAAGGAGUUCGUCGCCCGCUCCUUCAGCAGCAUACCGGACGCCAGGCCAGCGCUCGGCCUCGACGGCGAGCUGCCGGUCGACGUCGACGAGGUGGAGAGCGACCCGGGCUAUGACGGCGAGGCCAUCGAGAAUACGCCUGGCCAGGACGACGUAGAGGACUACCAGCCCUCCUCAGGCUCCUACGUGCCCCCGUGGGUGCCGCCGACCCCUGCCACGCCGGAGCCGGAG